AAUCUCUAUAAAUACCCAAGUAUGCAACUAUCCAUAUAUAAAUAUAUACAAACAUCUGAGCACCCAAAGACACAGGAAGAACUAAAGCUGCUAAAUAUAUACUCACUCUAGUCACUAAUUAAGAUCUCAUUUCAUACCACAAAUCUCAAAAAACUUUGUUUUCUGUUUCUUCAAUUAUUUCGAUUAAUUUUAUAGUAAUAAUGUCUGGAAGAGGGAGAGUGAAAUCGGAGCCGAUGAAGGUUGUGUUCAUAAACACACAGUACGUUGAGACAGAUGCUCGUAGCUUCAAAACCGUUGUUCAAGAACUCACCGGUAAGGACGCCAUCGUCGCCGCCGGUCCUUUUGAGUCCCCCUCCUCCGCUUCCGACAGCCGUUGUUACGGUGGCGGUAGUAAAAUCGGUGAAGAUACCAGACAGCUCUACGGCGGAGGAGGAGGAGGAGGAGGACAAGUAGGGUCGACGACGGAGUUUGAUAGAUUUUUGAAGGAGAUGCCUGCCAUGGAGGAGUUGUAUAAACUAUGGUCAGAAAAUUGAGUCAUUAAAUUCUACUAUUCUUUUUCUUCUUGAAAUCGAAUCUUUCUUUUUUAUCCACUAAGAUUAUGUUUUGUGAUUGAUUUGAUUAAUCCUUUAAUCAUCUUUAAAGUUGAUCGUCACUCUAAAAUUAGAUCCAAGUACGAAUAUUAUAAUUUAGCAAGUUUAACGUGAGUUACAUAACAGCAUGGCCCAUUUCUAUGAGUUUUACACGGUCUUAUAGUUUUUCAUAUGUUGGUUUAAAGGCCCAUGAAGCCCAAGUAUUUGUUUUUGUUGAUGUGUUUGGUCAGCCAAUAAAAUAAAAAAUUUCCCAAAUGUUGGG